GUCGGUUGUUGAGGACGUCGUCAACAAACCCCGACGUCUCAAACCGAACUUUCCUCUUAACGUAUUCGCCUCACUUUUUCUAGACCUUUCUUUUUUUGGAAUCCUACCUAAAUUUAGCAUCGACACAGCCAUAGCCAUUCAAAAUGCAAGGCGCCCUCCUGUCUCUCGGCCUUUUGGCCUCCGCCGCUGUUGGUGUCCUCGCUGCCGAGGACCUCAGGAUCGAUGUCACCCAGGCCGUCGAGUGUGAGCGCAAGUCGCAAAGCGGCGACCGUAUCAGCGUCCAUUACCGCGGAAAGCUGCAGUCCAAUGGACAGGAGUUCGAUGCCAGCUAUAACCGGGGUAGUCCCUUCACCGUCAAGAUUGGGACUGGACAGGUGAUCAAGGGCUGGGACAUGGGUCUGAUGGACAUGUGCAUCGGCGAGAAGAGGACUCUGACUAUCCCUCCUGAGCUUGGCUACGGUCAACGCGCGGUUGGCCCCAUCCCCGCCGGCUCGACGCUCGUCUUCGAGACCGAGCUGAUGGGCAUUGAUGGCGUUCCCAAGCCCGAGAAGAUCGUCAUUAAGAACUCCGAGGCUACGGCGGAUGACAAGGAGGAGGUCAAGGAGGAGGCCAAAGAGGAAGGCGCGAAGCUCGGUGAGAAGAUGGGCAGCGUCGCCAGUGAGGCGGCCGAGGCGGCUAAGACCAUCCUGGCCGACACGGAUGAUUCCCAGGAGCAUAACGAGCUAUGAUUGCGUUUUUAUCCCACCAGGCAUGAAAGAGUCACGGACGUAUCCCCUUUACAAACAAGAUGGGGCGCACAACAGCGACCAUUCUGAAUGACGAAAUGUGCUAGGAACAGCUUAUGGGCAGCUUACCAUCCUUAAUUGAGAUUUACAUUGGCAUUGGAGGAAACUAUGGAGAGUUUUCACG